AUGACUCUCACGACCGAAAGGCAGACCAUACAGGCGGAGCGCCUGGUCUAUCACUCAUCUAUCUCGUUCUCCUUAGCAGAGUCUCGGCUCCGCUCAUCGAUCCAGUCGUCCUCCCCGUCGAAGGGACAACAGGGGCAGGCCCAAAUACGACGACCGACGGACCGGGAGUCCCACGACGCCAGGAUCAAGUCGCUGGUCGGCCCGCAUGGCUUCAUGUACUUCCACGAAUUCAACCACGGAGCCUGGCUGCCCUUUUACGCGCCGCCGAGCUCGACCAUCACCACCGUCGACGGGGAAACGAAGAAUCUGAACUGCAAGAGGUUCAUUCUGGGAAACCCCUUGAUCGCCAUCACGAUGCUCGAGCAUGAUCUCAAUGCUGGGCUUUGCGUGCCGGUGGAGUUGGGUCUUGUUGAAGAGCCCCAGGGCGGCGUGAGGAUCGUGUGGUACAAGCCCACUUCUUUGAUCGCGGGUUAUGAAGGCGCGAAGCAGGAGUUGGUGGAUGCAGCCAACGUGUUGAGCACAAAGCUUGAGGCGCUUGUCAGGUGGGUAUUGAGGGAUGAGGAGGGCGAGGGAAAGUUGUGA